UGCGUUCAUUAUGUUCCCGACUGCACUUGCUCACUCAGCCUGCACGAGGCGCUGUGACGUCAACUCAAACGUCAGCUGAUUUUAGUGAAGACACACUGAAGAGCUUUAUGGUGUAGACAGACCGAGGAGGGGCUGCACAUCCGGGCACGUAGUGCCCCCCGUCGCAUCCUCUCAUCCUGCAGACGAGCAGACAGACAGGCGGAGGAGCAGACGGACGGACGGACACCCUCGGGCUGCAGUCAUGGCAGUGUCUCCUGGCCUCGCCGACCUCUCUCGACUCUAUCAGACGGAGUUCGUCCGGAGCGCCCGAGCAGUUGGUGUCCUCUGGGCUGUCUGUACGCUCUGUUUUGCCAUCAUCCAGGUGGUCGUCCUCGUGCAGCCAUCCUGGAUCGGCACUGCGGACACUCGCCACCAGGGGGCGGGCCCAGUCCCGCCCAGCGGCACACUGGGGCUGUUUGAGGUGUGUGUGGAAUCAGACUGGCCAGUCCCGGACUGUCGUGGUGGUCUGUCCAGUCUGUCUCCUCUGCCAUCCUUCCAGUCGGUGGCAGUGUUGGUGGGAGUGUCUCUGUGGGCAGUGUGGACCAGUGUCCUCUGUCUCUGUCUCUUCAGGUUCUGCAGUGCUGCGACCGUCUACAAGAUCUGCGCAUGGCUGCAGCUCACUGCAGGUUUCUGCCUGGCAUUGGCUUGUCUUCUGUUUCCAGACUCUUGGGAGAGUCCAGAGAUGAGAGCUCUAUGUGGAGACUCUGUGGGAAGCUUCUCUCCAGGUAACUGUUCAGUCCACUGGGCCUACAUCCUGGCCAUGCUGGGAGUUCUGGAUGCCGCCAUCUUGGCCACUUUGGCAUUUGUCCUAGCCAACAGACAGGACGCCCUGCUGCCACCAGACACCAAGGAGGGUGAGGGAGGGGUUGGGUGUGCUUCAGUAACAGCAGGUCUGCUGAUGUCAGCGUAGAGUCAGCCGAGGAUGUGCCAGAAGAAGAACAUUCCUCCUUCUCCUCCUCUUCUUCCAUCAUCACCCGGUUUACUGUAUGCACCUUCAAGUUGUCACAACGAGGAACAAAAGGAUGAAGAGGACUAGGACUGGGUAUCGAUUCAAAUUUCAAGAUUGGAUUCGAUUCCGAUUCUCAAGAUUCAGAAUCGAUUAUCGCGAUCCGAUCUGAGUCGCAACAUGUGGUUCCUGAGGUUGGUUGUAUUUCCACAAUACUUCACUUCCAUUUGGCAUUCCUUGCAAAUCGCUUUGCUUUUGUCAAGCUUAUUUCGUUUCGGGCGUUCAAAGCCAGGGCUUGGCUAACGUUAUCGCUAGUGUCCGACGCCAUGUUCACUGUUUUGAUAUGUUCACACUACGCGCGCAUGCGUGAAUUCAAUGACGCGACUAGUGGGGUUAAAGUCCACGGGGGGGAAACCGUAUUAAAAAAAAUCGAUCUUUGGACGUAAGAAUUGAUCUUUAGAAAAUAACAUGAGAAUCGAAUCACAUUGGAAUCGGAGAAUCAGUUUUUUCAACACAGGUCUAAAGAGGACUGCGAAAAACUAAGAAAGAAAAGCAGAUGAGAAAAAGGAAAGAAAAGACAGUAAAGGUACAGAGCACAGGAUGUUUUGUGGACGGUUUGACGUCACACAGAACGUCUACAGUCCGCAGUAUUCCUCUGUGUUUAUAGCUGAACACAGAUGGUGAUCUGAUGGUGUCAAGUCAGGAAGUCUGGACAGGACUUAAAGCCUCUGCGUCUCCAGCAUGAAUAUCAGAAAACUAAAAGACAGUUUUGAACUAACAGCAGC